AUGAAUCCGGGCCCAACUUGGAAUGAGGUGGGGGAGCGAGUUGGGAUGAGGGCGCUGGAGGUAGGGACUAUCCUGGACGAGGACACCGGGGCCAUAUUGAAAGAUGGAAUAUCUCCAGAAACAUGGUCAGCCAUCAAUGAGAAGCUUUCUCCUGCAUCAUCCUCCCCUUUAGCCGAUUGGGGGUAUAUGUGGCAAGGCAAGUGA